CUUUAUUUUUUAGGUUAUUUUGAUCUUUUUUGGGAGGAUCUUGGCUGCAUGAGGCAAACCAGAAAUGGCAUCACCACUAACACUUCAGCCUGUCCUGAAAAUGAAGGUCGACGAGCUCUUCCUCUUUUGGUUGAGUGAGCCAAGUACUCAGGCGAUGCUAAAAGACUACCUCAACAAAAUCAAGAACGGGGAAGAAAUAGAUCUAAGCCACGCUGAUUUCAAGGGCACAAGCACAUUGGUAUUAACAGAAAACAACAACAACAACAACAUUACCUCGAAGAAUAAUGUGACAGAGAGGAUGACUGCAGCCCUUGGUGCUGUGUGCAGCCCUCCUUCAGCAACCCUGCCAUCUGCGAGUGGCAGCAAUAACAGAGCUGGAGUGAAUGCGAGGGCCUUGCGACACUCUGUCAGCACUAAGAAGCAGGCGCAGACUAAGAAAGAGGAGUCUGUUACGCCAGCUUUAAGUGAAAGCAUUCCAAAGUUCUACUUCCCUCAAGGACAGCCCCAAGCCAACAUCAACAUAGACAAUCUUAUUUCCACGAUAGAAAAAAUAUUUUCUCAAUUUCCUGAUGAAAAAGUCACUAUUAAAGACAUGGGGCUAGUUGCCAAGGCUUGCGAGUGCCCACUCUAUUGGAAAGCUCCAUUGUUCCAUGCUGCCGGAGGAGACAGGAGGGGAUACGUGUCUGUUUACAAGUUCGUGGCAAUGUGGCGAAAAGUGCUUCAGUCCUGUCAUGAUGAUGCAUCCAAAUUUCUUCACCUUCUGGCCAAGCCAGGCUGCAGUUAUUUGGAACAAGAGGACUUUAUUCCAUUCCUGCAGGAUGUGGUGAAUUCACAUACAGGUCUGGCAUUUCUAAAGGAGGCUUCAGACUUUCACUCACGCUACAUUACCACUGUGCUCCAGAGGAUAUUUUAUAAUGUAAACCGCUCAUGGACUGGAAAAAUAACAUGCUCAGAACUCAGGAGAAGUAGUUUUCUACAGAAUGUGGCACUACUGGAAGAAGAGGAAGAGAUUAACCAGUUGACAGAGUUCUUCUCAUAUGAACAUUUCUAUGUCAUCUACUGUAAGUUCUGGGAGCUGGACACAGAUCACGACUUGUACAUAGACCAGAGAGACCUGAUGCGACAUAAUGAUCAAGCCGUGUCCCACCGAAUGAUUGAGAGAAUAUUCUCAGGAGCUGUAACCAGGGACAGAAAGGUUCACAAAGAGUGCAGACUGAGCUACGUUGACUUUGUAUGGUUCCUCAUAUCUGAAGAGGACAAAAAGACUGAGACCAGCAUAGAGUACUGGUUUCGCUGUAUGGACCUGGAUGGAGAUGGAGUUCUGUCCAUGUAUGAGCUGCAGUACUUCUACAAGGAGCAGUGUCAGAAACUUGAGGCCAUGGCCAUUGAACCCCUGCCUUUCGAGGACUGCCUGUGCCAAAUGUUUGAUAUGGUUAAGCCAGAAAUCUCAGGAAUGAUCACUCUUAGGGACUUGAAGAGAUGUAAACUUUCCCAUAUUUUCUUUGACACGUUCUUCAACAUUGAGAAGUAUCUAGACCAUGAACAGAGGGAUCCCUUACUGGCUGCACGGGAUGCUGAAACAAUGGGACAGGAGAUUUCUGACUGGGAGAGAUAUGCUGCAGAGGAGUAUGAUAACUUGGUAGCGGAGGAAGCUGUGAACGAGCAGUACAACGAUGGCUAUGACCAUGUUCUAGACCCAGUUGAUCACGUAACAUGUGCUUUUGACCUGCGCAACGAGAAGAGACAUCUCUUUGAGCUCCCCAACCCUCACUGUAACCUGGACCUGGAUGAAUAUGAAUAUGAGGACGAUUUCGAAUGACAACCAACAACACAACACAAUAAAGGCUAGUCUGCUAGUGUGUAGAACAGGAAGCGGACCAAUCCUGCUCUCCACUACUGAUGCCACAUAGCUCAGCUAACCAAGGCUUGAGGGUGUACAGAUAUGCUCCCCCAGCCGCUGGAUACCAGACAGUAAACCAGCAGUCUGGCGAGGCUCUGUGUAGCAAGACCGAUUGUGCUGGCCCAGUCUCUUUG